CGCAGGUUUGUCAUUACCCUGAAAUAGAAUAGUUUUCUGAAAGCAUACUGUUAGGUUUACAAUAAUUUGGAUUUUUAAGAAGUAUUAGCUUUACAGCUGAAUACAAGGCAUGACCUGUGGCCUAGCAAUGCAGCUGACCACAAGGCAGAAUGAUAGCUAGGCCUUUGCUUGUGUCAAGUAAUCAUUUUAACUGCACCAAGCAUUUUCUGAGUUAAAAAGUGAAUCUGUGUCUGUGUGCUAAAAAAAAUCAGCUACAGCAAGAAGUAAGAUAAGACAGAGAAACCAUUGUUUGAGCUUACUGGUUGUGUCCUUGAGAAGUAUCUUCUACUGUGUAAGGUUUUGCUAACAUAAUGUUACUGUUACUUAACUUUUAGCUUUUAAAAAGUGCUAGUUCAGCUUAAUAAAAAUAUGCUGUUACAAAGAUUUGUAGAGCACCGCCCCAAGUAUUGCUUUUUGUUAACCAUAUAGUCUUGCUUUGUUGUAAGAAGUAUAAAAGAUCGCCUCACCCUUGAGGGGGGGCCAUUUUGCCUUUUGCUGGCUUUAUGGUCUUUGCUCGAGCAAAUAAACAGCUGUCUUUCUUUACCCGCGUUGUCUGUCAAUCAAAUUACAGCUAGACAACGGACCUUGGGGAGGUUUCUCCCACCACAAUUUGGCACCCCAGAUGGGACCCGUCUAGCUUGACGCCUUUGGAGACCUCCAUCCCCCGACACCCCAGCGCGCACCAGGUAUGCUGCUUUAAGCCAACCCCUCCCUGCCAAUGUCCCAGCACAUCGCAUCCAGCCUGGAGACUGGGUGUAUAUAAAAACUUAGAAACGGUCUCCCCUUGAACCUAAGUGACAAUGACCGUAUCAAGUCCUCCUCACCUCCCACACCGCCGUAAAAAUAGCAAAAAAGGACAACUGGAUUCAUUAUACUCGUACAAAGAAGACAGAAGUUUCACCAGAGCUCAGGAUCGGCUCCAACGCGAGCUUCCCUGACCUGGAAAAGGGGAAGCCAGAAGAAGACGACUGCGGACUUCGUGGGAGCACCGCACGCCCACCUGACCGCGACAAGGGUGAGCCAGAAGCAGACGAAAAAAUAAAAAACAAACACCUCCUGGACCUGCAGCCCGUUAGAUAAUAUAAAACUCAAACUAACCAAGGUCCACUAAUGAACUGUCACCCUUUUGGGGUCCUGCCCAGCCCAGAAAGCACCGAACUCCAAGUACUGCAUCCUCUAGACACUUUUGGAUCAGCUGAAACCGAGCACUUUGAGACUGUAACAUAUCCCAGAAGAUCAGUUAUUGGAGCUGCAGGGUUGUACAUACUGUUUGUGCUGAUUUUGGUUAUAAUAUGGUUUUUAUAACUAUGUUAUUUCUAAUCUUUCUCUUUGCUGGAGAAAUAAGUCUCUCACAGGGGUCGGCUAUAGCUGUCAGUUGCUGCAGAUGUGCGAAUCCUGGUGCCCAAGGUUUUCCUGUCUGGAUAAGCGAUUCAAUCAAACUCUCUGAUAUAGACGGGAAGGUCAACAUUGCCCGUUGGUAUCCUCCCUCACAUUGCUGUAGUUCAGCAGAAGUUCGGGUAUUUACUUAUGAAACAGAAUAUUGUGUAAAGUCUAGCCACCCAGUUUUCAGACAAUUUGCAGAGUCUCCUCAGGCUAAGACUACUCUUAAACCUAAUGUUGCCCACAUCUCUGAUAAUAAUAUGUACCUCCAAUACGUUGAGAGAGCCGCUAAAGCAGAAAACUAAAGUGAUUGUUGGGUGUGCAGUCAUUUUCCUCUCCACACUCAAGGAGGCAUUCCUAUGACUCCCAUCCCCUUGGGCCCCAUUGAGUCACUUUUAAACCCCUCUAAUAACCAAGCUUGGGACCAAAGUCAGCAGGAGUUCCUUUUAAUAAAGCCUGUUGUUGGAGACUGGUGUUUCUAUGUAAACUGCUCAGUAUCAGACUGCAUUAAUUUAGGCACAAACAUAUGUCACCACUAUUUUACUAGUUCUAGUGGAGGAGACUGGCGUAAUAAUAACACAACAACUCCUACCUAUUGCAGCUCUUACAAUGAUUUCUACAGCAGCAAAAAUUUAACCAAGGGCACUAAUCCUAUCUGCACCCCCAUCUCCUCUUUAAAUAAUACCUUGUGGUAUUGUUUGUACACUGAUACCUCCCGGGGACAAUGCUUCUUCAAUGGAACUGCAAAUCCUUCCUUUAAAUCAAAGGGUGAACGCGGGGUGCUAGGGUUAGGAAACGGGGGCCGAAUACCUCCUAAGUAUUCAAACCUCGCUGCUUUAAAAGAACAAUACUGGGUCUGUGGCUCCCACGCCUACCAUAAAAUCCCUGCCAAAGGAAAAGGUAUCUGCUAUCUGGGAAUGCUAAAACCCUCUACGUCCUUUGCCAUGCACCUUCCACAGGGCAAGUGGCGAAACAAGAGGGAUUUGCAAGAAAGCCGUGAUAUAAUAAAUAAAUAUCAAAAAACUCAGCUUACCAAAGGAGUGUUAGUCGGGUGUUCUUUAGCAGGUAUACUCCCAAGAGUAGGCACUGCUUGUCUUGGAAGAUUUACACUACGCCUACAAGCUGUGAUAGAAAUCAUGGCUCAUGAAUUCAGUGAAGGUCACAAGGAACUCUCGAAGGCCGUUGCUGCCUUGGCUGACACCCAAGAAGAACUCAGACAAAUGAUAAUUCAAAACCGUAUAGCCCUUGAUUUUCUCCUCGCUGCUCAAGGGGGAGCUUGCGCAGUUAUCGGACCAGAAUGUUGCGUUUGGGUUAACAGUUCUUUUACAAUAGUACAAACCCACCUCAAUGAUGCAGCUGUCCAUAUCCAAAAAGCCGAAGAUAUAGCAAAAAUCCCCAAAGACACAUCUCUUAGUUGGCUCACAAAUUGGUUGCCUUCUCUUACAGGAUGGCUUAGACCUUUUGUAUUAAGCUUAAUUGGAAUUGUUAUAACUAUAAUCUGCCUGUUGUGCUGUUUUCAGUGUCUAUGCUCUCUAGGACAACAGUUUAUGCAAAGGCAAGUAAAAAUGUAUGGUCAGUUUGUACAAAUAUCCAGCAUCAAUCAUCAAAAACUAACCCCACAAGAAGUUAAAUACCUAAAAGUGCGUUCCAAAAUUUCCUCUAAAAAAUUGGAACAAAGGGAGGAGUUGUAGUGCGCAGGUUUGUCAUUACCCUGAAAUAGAAUAGUUUUCUGAAAGCAUACUGUUAGGUUUACAAUAAUUUGGAUUUUUAAGAAGUAUUAGCUUUACAGCUGAAUACAAGGCAUGACCUGUGGCCUAGCAAUGCAGCUGACCACAAGGCAGAAUGAUAGCUAGGCCUUUGCUUGUGUCAAGUAAUCAUUUUAACUGCACCAAGCAUUUUCUGAGUUAAAAAGUGAAUCUGUGUCUGUGUGCUAAAAAAAAUCAGCUACAGCAAGAAGUAAGAUAAGACAGAGAAACCAUUGUUUGAGCUUACUGGUUGUGUCCUUGAGAAGUAUCUUCUACUGUGUAAGGUUUUGCUAACAUAAUGUUACUGUUACUUAACUUUUAGCUUUUAAAAAGUGCUAGUUCAGCUUAAUAGAAAUAUGCUGUUACAAAGAUUUGUAGAGCACCGCCCCAAGUAUUGCUUUUUGUUAACCAUAUAGUCUUGCUUUGUUGUAAGAAGUAUAAAAGAUCGCCUCACCCUUGGGGGGGGCCAUUUUGCCUUUUGCUGGCUUUAUGGUCUUUGCUCGAGCAAAUAAACAGCUGUCUUUCUUUA